GGUGGUGCCGGUUGCGCUCGGCGGCGGCCGCGUCUGCUCCGCCCGCCCGGCCCGGGACUCCCGGGACCCCCCGGGACCCCCCGGGACCCCCCGGGAUCCGCCGGGAACCCUCCGCGAAACGCCGGGAACGCGCCGCGACCCCCGCGACCCCCGCGGCAGGAUGGACCGCAUGGCCGAGGACGCGCUGCGCCUGAACCUGCUCAAGCGCGGCCUGGAGCCGGCCGAGGAGCGCGAGGACGUGCUGGCCAAGCGGCUCAAGAUGGAGGGGCACGAGGCCAUGGAGCGGCUGAAGAUGCUGGCGCUGCUCAAGCGCAAGGACCUGGCGGGGCUGGAGGUGGCCCACGAGCUGCCCGUCAAGCCAGACGCCAUCAAGGGCUACGAGGAGAAGCUCAACGGGAGCCUGCGGCCCCACGGCGACGGGCGCGGCGCGGCCCGGCCCGGCAAGGAGAACAUCAACGACGAGCCCGUGGACAUGAGCGCCAGGAGGAGUGACCAGGAGCGGGGCCGCCUGACGCCGUCCCCCGACAUCAUCGUGCUGUCGGACAACGAGGCCUCCAGCCCGCGCUCCAGCUCCCGCAUGGAGGAGCGCCUCAAGGCGGCCAACCUGGAGAUGUUCAAGGGGAAGAGCCUGGAGGAGAGGCAGCAGCUGAUCAAGCAGCUGCGGGACGAGCUGCGGCUGGAGGAGGCGCGGCUGGUGCUGCUCAAGAAGCUGCGGCAGAGCCAGCUGCAGAAGGAGAACGUGGUGCAGAAGACCCCCGUGGUGCAGAACGCCGCCUCCAUCGUGCAGCCGUCCCCCGCCCACGUGGGGCAGCAGGGCCUGUCCAAAAUCCCCUCCCGGCCCGGGGCCCAGGGCGUGGAGCCACAGAAUUUAAGGACAUUACAGGGUCACAGUGUGAUCCGCUCGGCCGCCAGCUCGGCGCUGCCGCACAUGCUGAUGUCCCAGCGCGUCAUCGCGCCCAGCCCGGCGCAGCUGCAGGGGCAGCGCGGGCCGCAGAAACCCGGCCUGGUGCGCGGCUCCACGCCCGGCGUCAGCCCGGCCCUCGGCUACCAGCCGCAGUCGGGCUCCUCGGUGCCGUGCCAGCGCUCCUCCUCCUCCGCCAUCUACAUGAACCUGGCGUCGCACAUGCAGCCGGGCUCGGUGGCGCGCGUCUCCUCGCCCCUGCCCAGCCCCAGCGCGCUCUCGGACGCCGCCAACUCGCAGGCGGCCGCCAAGCUGGCGCUGCGCAAGCAGCUGGAGAAGACGCUGCUGGAGAUCCCGCCGCCCAAGCCGCCCGCGCCGCUGCUGCACUUCCUGCCCAGCGCCGCCAACAGCGAGUUCAUCUACAUGGUGGGGCUGGAGGAGGUGGUGCAGAGCGUCAUCGACAGCCAAGGGAAGAGCGUGGCGGCGGCAGCGCGCGUGGAGCCCUUCGUGUGCGCGCAGUGCCGCACGGAUUUCACGCCGCACUGGAAGCAGGAGAAGGGCGGCCGCAUCCUGUGCGAGCAGUGCCAGACCUCCAACCAGAAGAAAGCGCUCAAGGCCGAGCACACGAAUCGCCUCAAGAACGCCUUCGUCAAGGCGCUGCAGCAGGAGCAGGAGAUCGAGCAGAGGCUGCAGCAGCAGGCUGCCCUGUCCCCCACGGCCGCGCCCGCCGUGCCCAGCGUGGGCAAACAGGACGGGAUCCUGCGGCACCACACGCUCCGGCAGCCCCCGCAGCCGCAGAGCAGCCUGCAGCGCGGCCUCCCCACCUCUGCCCGCUCCAUGCUCUCCAACUUCGCCCAGGCCCCGCAGCUCUCGGUGGCCGGGGGGCUCCUGGGCAUGCCAGGGGUGAACAUCGCCUACCUGAACGCGGGGCUGGGCGGCCCCAAGCCGAGCCUGGCCGAGCGGCAGCGCGAGUACCUGCUGGACAUGAUCCCGCCGCGCUCCAUCUCGCAGCCCAUCAGCGGCCAGAAAUAGCCCCGAGCCGGGCGGGGCUGCCGACAGCAGCGACAGCAGCGACAGCAGCGACAGAGAGACACAAACAAACAUUUCAGCGGGGCCGGCCCGGCCCAGCUGGGCGGAGCAGCCCCGGCCCCGCUCCUUUUGUAACGCCGCCGCUUCCUCCUCGUCUCGUGGGUUGUUUUUUUUGCCCCUUCUCCUCCUCGGUUGAUCCCCCCCGACCCCCCAGCCCGUCUCUCCCGUGGCUCCGUGGAUGGUUAAAGCUUUUUUCUCCCUUUUUUUUCCAGAGACUUUGGCAAGGGCACCUUCCCCGGGGUCCCUUUUUGGGGGGGCAGCCUGUGCUGGUUGUGGGGGGAUUGGGGAGGGGGGAGAAGGGGGGAUCCCCCUGGGGUGUCACCAGCCCAAAUCCUGGGGUGUCACCGGCCCCAGUCUGGGGGUGUCCCUUGCUCUCAUUUUGAGGUGUCAGUGGCUCCGAUCUUGGGGUGCCCCUGGUCCCAGCCCUGGGAUGUCCCUGCCUCUGAUCUUGGGGUGUCACUGGCUCCAGUCUCGAGGUGUCACCAGCCCCAGUUUUGGGGUGUCACUGGCUCCAAUCUCGGGGUGUCACUGGCUCUGAUAUUGGGGUGUCACUGUCCCCAGUCCUGGGGUGUCCCUGUCCCCAGUCCCAGGGUCACCGCCCAUAUUUUGGGAUGUCCCUGGCCCUGAUCCCAGAGUGUCACCAGCCCCAGUUUUGGGGUGUCACUGUCCCCAAUCUUGGGGUGUCACCAGCCCCAGUUUUGGGGUGUCCCUGUCCCCAAUCCCAGGGUGUCACUGGCUCCAAUCCUGGGGUGUCACUGGCCCUGGUCCUGGGAUGUCACCAGCCCAAAUCCCUGGGUGUCACUCUCCCAAAUUUUGUGGUGUCACCAGCCCCAGUUUUGGGGUGUCCCUGUCCCAAAUCUUGGGGUGUUACUGGCCCCAGUUUUGGGGUGUCCCUGUCCCCAAUCCCAGGGUGUCACCGCCCAUAUUUUGGGGUCUCACUGUCCCAGUCCCAGAGUGUCACCAGCCCCAGUUUUGGGGUGUCCCUGUCCCCAAUCCCAGGGUGUCCCUGUCCCCAAUCCCGGGUGUCACCAGCCCCAGUUUUGGGGUGUCCCUGUCCCCAAUCUUGGGGUGUUACUGGCCCCAGUUUUGGGGUGUCCCUGUCCCCAAUCCCGGGUGUCACCAGCCCCAGUCCUGGGGACAGGCGGUGGCUCUGGAGCUGCCAGCGGAGCCGAGGCACAGCCAGGGCGGGUGAGUGUCCCCAGAGCUGUCCCCAUGUCCCCAGAGCUGUCCCAGUGUCCCCAGAGCUGUCCUGGGCUGUCCCAGUGUCCCCAGAGCUGUCCCAGUGUCCCCAGAGCUGUCCCUCUGUCCCUCUGUCCCUCUGUCCCCAGCCCCGCAUGCUCCGGAGCCGCUCUGGCCCCUCCCUGUCCCCUCUGUCCCCGGGGGUGGCACCGAUGGCACCAGGGACAGGGCAGGGGGUGGGGACCCCUGAGUGACACCCCGGGGAUCCCUGAUGUCCCCUCUGUCCCCGGGGGUGGCACUGGGGGGGCUCGGGGACAACCCAAAGUGAGAAAAUGAGCCGUGAGAAAAGUCUCGAUUUGCACUUCAGCCUCCCCCUCCUCCUUUCCUUUCCUUUCCUUUCCUUUCCUUUCCUUUCCUUUCCUUUCCUUUCCUUUCCUUUUCCUUUUCCUUUUCCUUUUCCUUUUCCUUUUCCUUUUCCUUUUCCUUUUCCUUUUCCUUUUCCUUUUCCUUUUCCUUUUCCUUUUCCUUUUCCUUUUCCUUUUCCUUUUCCUUUUCCUUUUCCUUUUCCUUUUCCUUUUCCUUUUCCUUUUUCCUCCCCAUUUUCUCACAUUUUCAGUGAUUUUUUUUUUUUAAUUCCCUUUUUCCCCUGAUUUUUUUGAGCCUUUCCCCAGUUCCUUCCCCUCUCCUCUCGUGCAAUUCCCAAAUCCCCCCUAAAUUGGGACAGGGCCCCCCCCCCCUCCAACCCCUCCCCAAAUUUAAUGAGCACUUAACCCCCGGGGGGGGGUGGGGGGAGGGGGUUGGACCCCCCAAAAUCCCCCCCAGAGGCAAAAAAAAAAAAAAAAAAAAAAAAAAAAAAGGGGUGGGGGGGUUUAUUCUGAUUUUUUGGUGGGGUUUUGUAUUUGGAAAUGGGGAAUUUUUGGGCUGUUUUCCUUGGCUUUGGCCAUUUCCAGCUGCUCCCCCUCCCCCCCCCUCCUUUUCAAUUCCCAAAAUUCCCAA